CUCUUUUCCUUUCAUUUCCUUUACAAAUUCUACCUCCAUUCCAAAACAUUUACACGUGUUAAUAUAUCCCCUUAAUACUUCCAACCAAUAUGAGUGACCCUCGCGACCACGAUCUCGAGUCCGAGGACGAAGAUGACUUCCAUCCUGCACCCGCUGACCUGAGCGACGAGGAAGGACAGGAUGACCAGCCAAAACAACAAUUACGGAAAUCCUCGCCUCCUCGCAAUGAAGGUGAUAAUGAAGAGGAUGAAGAAGAUGAAGACGCCGAGGAUGACGCUGGCAGAAAUGACGAUGAAGAGGAGGACGAAGAAGAAGAAGACGAUGAAGAGGACGAGGAGAUUCAGGGCCAUCGUCGCAAGCGUCGUCGCGAUAGACGAAACGCCUUCAUCGAUAUCGAAGCUGAGGUCGAUGACGAAGAUGAGGGCGAAGAUGACGAAGAAGCCGCUGAAGAGAAUGAGGGAUUUAUUGAACACGAGGAAGCCGGCGAUUUCGGCGAGCAGAGUCGACUAGAUGACGAUCGACGACACCGUGAGCUCGACCGACAGCGAGAUGCCAUUACACAGGAAGAUCUAGAGCGCGCGGCUGAAGGCUACGUACGCAAAUAUGGAAACCGCCGCACUGCUAGGGGCAUGGGCGACUCGGCCAUUAUCCCCCAGCGGCUACUCGUGCCUAGUGUUGAUGACCCUGGUAUCUGGGGUGUGCGAUGCAAAGAAGGCAAGGAGCGCGAAGUAGUCCAAGCCAUUACGAAGAGGAUAGCCGAACGCUGGAACACAAAAGAUCAGCUAGCCGUCACCAGUGUCUUCGAGCGAGGUGGUCCUAACUCCAUCUUGAAGGGCCUUAUCUACGUCGAAGCCCCCCGACAGACCGACGUAAUGUUAGCGCUCGAGGACAUGAUGAACGUAUAUCCUCGUACCAAAAUGCUUCUUGUCGACAUCAAAGAACGACCUGAUCUAUUGAGAGUUCAGAAGACCCCUACACUAGAGCCUGGUGCUUGGGUACGACUCCGCCGGCCUGCUAAACACGCUGGUGAUCUGGCGCAGGUUCUCGAUAUCACGGAGAAUGGCCUCGAUGCUAGAGUGCGCUUCAUCCCCAGGCUGGACUAUGGACUACGAGACGAAUCGAUACCCUUGACUGCUGACAAGAAACGAAGGCGGCCUGUUGUAGGCCCACGACCUCCUCAGCGGCUAUUUAGCGAAGUGGAAGCGAGGAAGAGGCACCCACGCACGCUCCAGUAUAGCAGUCAAACUAACACCUGGAACUACAACGGCGAUGAAUUCGAGAAGGGCUUCCAGGUCAAGGAUAUCAAAAUUCAGCAUUUGGUUGUUAGCGAUGUAAACCCAACGCUGGAAGAGGUCACAAGAUUUGCCUCUGGAGGUGAAGACGGAGUUGAGAACAUCGAUCUCAAAUCUCUCGCCGCCAGUCUCAAGGACAGUAAUGCAAAUGUCGCAUAUCUGCCCGGCGAUGUAGUAGAGGUAUACGAAGGCGAACAGAAAGGUGUAGUUGGUAAAGCUACAAAUGUUCAGGCGGAUAUUGUCACAAUUUCAGUCACAGAAGGAGAUCUAGUUGGGCAGACCAUUGAGGUACCUACGAAAGGCCUUCGCAAGCGAUUCCGAACUGGUGACCACGUUAAAGUCAUCGGUGGUAGUCGAUAUCGUGACGAGGUCGGUAUGGUGGUGAACAUUUCCGAAGAUCGUGUCACCCUCUUGACUGACCAGACGACUACCGAAAUUACCGUAUUCAGUAAGGAUCUCAGAGAGGCCAGUGAUAUCGGUGGCCAAGGAUCCUUAGGUCAAUACUCGUUACUUGACUUAGUCCAGCUCGAUCCCAUGACUGUAGGCUGCAUUGUCAAGGUCGACCGAGAGACGUUGGUGGUAUUAGAUCAGAAUGGCGAUACGAGACAAGUUAUGCCCUCACAAAUCGCGAACAAACUACCAAAGCGAAAGCUCGCUGUGGCUGCCGAUCGCAACGGAUCCGAGAUCAGGCCCGAUGAUGUGGUUAAGGAGUAUGGCGGCAUGGGUCGGCAAGGAAAGAUUGUUCAUAUCCACCGCACUUAUGUGUUCUGUCAUACGAACGCUACCACAGAAAACGCCGGUAUCUUUGUAUCCAAGGUUAAUAAUGUCUCCACGAUUUCAGCGAAGGGAGGCCGCGUCAAUGCCGGCAGCUCUGGGCCGGAUUUAACGGUCAUGAAUCCUGCGAGGAAAUUGAGCCCCAAUGGUGAUAGGAACAACAUGCCACCCCCCAAAGCGACAUUCGGGCGUGAUAAGCUAAUCGGCCAAACCGUUACGAUUAGAAAGGGAGGCUACAAGGGCGUGCUUGGUCGUGUCAAAGAUACCACAGACACUCACGCUCGUGUGGAAAUGCACAGCAAGGGUAAAGUCAUCAGCGUAUUGAAGAGCGAUAUUACGGUCCGCGAUAGUAUUACUGGGCGUGAAAUCAAAAACUAUGACACACGCCGCCCUGGUCAAGGAGGACUUCCUGGAAGACCUGCUCAAGGAAACUCGGACUGGAGCGGGGGUCGCACUCCUGUGGGUGGAGCCUCAUCACGAACUCCUGCCUGGAAGACGCCGUCUGCUGGAGCCAGUGGUGGACGCACCCCAGCGUGGAGUAAAGGUGGCGACGGCGGGCGAACGCCAGCGUGGGCAGAUGGUUCUCGCACAGUCAAUCCUUACGAUGGUAGCAAAACUUCUUACGGUUCCGGAAGCCGCACACCUGCCUGGUCUUCAGGCGCCAAAACACCAGCACCUGACCACUUUAGUCACGGAUCUAAGACACCUGCGUACGGUGGUAGUAGCGGUGACAACUGGGGUUCCAAAACACCUUACGGCGCUUCUGCGGCCACUCCGGGAGCCAGCGGAAACGAUACUUGGGGCUACACCCCUGGUGCAAGCGGAUCGUCAAACGCUUACGAUGCGCCAACUCCCGGCGCUGGUCUUCUAGGUGCUCCUACGCCCGGUGCCAUGAAUGCCCCAACCCCUGGUGCCUACAACGCGCCUACUCCUGGCGCUAUGAAUGCACCCACUCCCGGCGCCGCGUGGCAAGGUGGAUGGGGAGCUGACUCUGCACCCACUCCUGCUGCGGCUGCCCCAACACCAGCAGCAAGCGGUUUUGCCUCCUCAAGCGGGUAUUACGGAGCACCUACCCCCGGUGCUUACAACGCAGAAACACCGGCAGCAGGCCCCCGAUACACUGAUGACGACUAGAUUUUUCAGGGUGGUUAUUACAAAAGGAAAGCUACGGAUUAGUGGAGAUGGCAUGGAGUUCGCAAAGAUAUGUUGCUUUGUUUUUUUGAGACUCAGUACCUUGUAUGUACUAUUAGGACAAUCGUAGUCUUUCCCAAUUGAUGAUUGCAUUUCAGGACGCCGAGGUAUCGCUCUUUGGUUUUUGUGCAGUAGCU